UGCAACUUGGGGUAGGGUGCACAAGGCAUGGAAAUUGGGUGGGUCCAUUAGCCUUUUAAGGUUGAAAUAAAGGGCCUACCCUUGGGGGGCAACUGCAUUCAGGGAGUCAUUAGCCAAAAGCAAUGGCUGUGUUUAGAAAUAACGGGGGCCACAAUUCGCUUAAGAUCGAAUGGGUACAUUUGGUGUGUUAGGAUAUUUCAUGGGGUGAGAUUGGGACACCUGGUUCUUUAAAAGCUGUAGCCGGUGCUUAUUUAAAAGGAAAUACUUUAAUAGGCCGUAAACUUGGGGUGGAAGUUGAUUUUUUUUAAUGUGCCUUGUUUAUUAAACAGCUGCUUUUUAAAAAUGUAGGAGAGAAUUGGCGCCAAUAUUAGGGAGGUGAAAGGUGGCUGCAUGUUUUUAUGGGUUAUCGAUAAAGGCUGCCUUUUAAAAGAAGUAUAUAGAUUUAAUCGGGUCUGACAAUCAUCAGAAGUGGGUCCAAUUUUUGCUGCCUCCCUUAUUAUCGAUAAUACUAAAAGCGGCUCCUAAGCUCUGCAGAGUUUUUUAAAUCUCUGGGUAACCUGACAACCACGUGGCCUUUCAAAAUAUCUUCUCUGUUGGGUGCCGCUGUGGGAGCAAGGAAUGGUGUUCCAAUUUGCUUAGCUCUGUGUUGCAUGCUGUUUGUAAGGAGGAUCUGAACGCGUGGCAGAACUCGAACAUGGAAAACCUGCCUCCCCACGUCAUCCGGCUGGUCUACAAGGAGGUCUCCACCCUGACGUCGGACCCGCCGGAGGGCAUCAAGGUCUUCCCCAACGAGGAGGACAUCACGGACGUCCAGGUCACCAUCGAAGGACCUGAGGGGACGCCCUAUGCCGGGGGCGUCUUCCGCAUGAAGCUCAUCCUGGGCAAGGAUUUCCCGGCCGCGCCGCCCAAGGGCUACUUCCUCACCAAGAUCUUCCACCCCAACGUGGGCGCCAACGGCGAGAUCUGCGUCAACGUCCUCAAGAAAGACUGGAAGGCAGAGCUGGGCAUUAAGCACGUGCUGCUGACCAUCAAGUGCUUGCUGAUCCACCCCAACCCCGAGUCGGCGCUGAACGAGGAAGCGGGGCGCCUCCUGCUGGAGAACUAUGAGGAGUACGCAGCCCGGGCCCGCCUGCUGACCGAGAUCCACGCCCAGCCCUCCAGCCUGCGGGGGGCCAGCAAGGACCCCGGCGACCCCUGCUCCUCCGCCGCCGCCCUGGCCGCCGGGGGCGAGGGCCCCAUGGCCAAGAAACACGCCGGCGACAGGGACAAGAAACAGCUGGCGAAGAAGAAGACGGACAAAAAGCGGGCGCUGCGGCGGCUCUAGGGGCGCACGGGGGCCUGGCUCGAACCAUGGACUUGGGGGGGCGGGGGGGGGGGGGUCCAGGCAGGGUUCUAAUAAAACUCUCCCUUUUCCCAUCUUUUUGUUAAGGCGCUUUCGUAUUUUACCCUUUUUUCAAUCUUAAGUUAUUUAAGUUAUAAAAAAAAAAUCUAUUAAAGGACUUUUUUCUA